AUGACCCCCUGGCCGUUGCUGGCACACUGUACUCCUUUGCAGAACGACUGGGUGUGCCGCGACGCAUGGCGUCCGUUCACUGUGAACGCCAUCUUCUGGGCAGGCAACAUCGUGGGCUCGUGGUUCUGGGGCAUUCUCAGCGAUAGACUGGGCCGCCGUCCGGCGACGCUGGCGUCGUUUCUGGUGUACGCGGCGGGCGGCGCGCUAACUCUCGUGCAGCCGUCCAGCUUCGUAGCCAUCCUGCUGGUCCGCUUCCUGGUGGGCUCGGCGCACAACACCGUCAGCCACCUGCCCUACGUGCUGGUGAUUGAGUACUGCGGCUCGGCGUACCGCACGUACCCGUUGAUGUUGCUGAUCGCCUCCUGGGGCCUGGGCGGCCUGCUGCUGCCCUGGAUCGCGUACGCCAUCUGGAACUGGAGGAUCCUGGUAGUGGUCACCAGCGCGCCGCUGCUGCUCGCCCUCGCCCUCUACCGGUAUAUUCCCGAGUCGGCCUCCUGGCUGAUGGUGAACGGCCGCGGAGACGAGGCCCGCGAGGUGCUGCAGUUCGUCGCCUCCGUUAACGGCCGACAGCUGGACGAGGCCGUCUUCUGUGAGGUGAUGGUCGAGAAGCGCGAGGGCGAGCCCGAGCAGCCCACUGAGAGCCUGCUGCACGUGUGGAAACACCCGCGGCUCAUGAAGAACCUGGCGCUGGUGACGCUACUAUGGAUGCUGUCGAACGUGUGUUUCUACGGACACAGCCAGAACUCGGGUAACCUGGGCAGCUCUGUGUUCGUCUCGUUCUCCCUGGGCGGCGGAGUGGAGGUGGCCGCCGCGCUCCUGGUGCCGCCGCUGCUGCAGCGCUUCGGCAGGCGCUGGCCCAUGGUGACCUUCCUGGUGACCUCAGGGCUCUGCGGCGUGGCCUACGCCGUGGUCGGAAACGCGCUGGCCACGGGCGGCCGGCUGGCGCUGGCGCUGGCCGGCCGGAUGCUCAUUAUGGGCGCCUACAGCACCUGUCUGCAGUACGGACCGGAGCUGUUCCCCACGGUGAUACGAGGGCAGAGCCUGGCGCUCUACGAGACCAUGGGCGGCAUCGCCAUCUUCAUCAGCCCGUCCAUCGUCUACCUGCACCAGACAACACCCGGCCUGCCGCUGCUGAUAAUCGGCGCGCUAUCGCUGGUAGCCGGUUCGAUCACCACCCUUCUACCGGAGACCGGCGGCGGUCACCUGCCUCAGACCCUGGCCGACGGCGACCAGCUCGGCGCCGGGCAGGGACUCUUCGACGCCUGCAGAAAACCCAGGAGCUACACAGAGGACGACUGCAGUGGGGAUGUGAAGGUCUAGGCGCGUUCUCUGCGGAGGGGACUGGGGAUGUGAAGGUUUAGGCAUGCGUUCCGCGAAAGGGGAUGGGAAGGUCUAGGCACUUUCUCUUCUCUGCGCGUUCUCUGCGCAGGGGAUGUGAAAGUCUAGGCGCGUUCUCUGCAGAGGGGAUGAGGGUUAGGCGCGUUCUGCGGAGGGGAUGUGAAGGUCUAGACGCGUUCUCUGCGAAGGGGAUGUGAAGGUUUAGGCGCGUUCUCUGCGCUGUUGCGAUGUGUGAGGUCGGCUGAUUGUUUGGUUGUCUGAUUCGAGAGGAGGUAGGGUGGUGAGCAGUGCGCACUGAAAUAUGCUGAGACGGAGACUUGGCGAACCGUGCGAAACUGCGAGCUGUAAGCUCUCAACAUUCCCGAGUUUGUUGCUUUGUUGAUGGGGCCGUUGAAUGGUCAGUAAGUUCCCAUGAACUGCCAGGCUAGUGAACUGCCAGGCUAGUGAACUGCCAGGAUGCCUCGUCCGUGUGAUGAUCUGGAAAAAAGAACGGCAGAAGAACCUAAACGCUACUUCUACAGGAGUCCCAAACUUAUCCCCGUGUUGGAAACGUAUUACUGUUACUUAUUGUAAUGUGUUACAGAUGUGUUGAAUGUUUAUUACAUUAACAUAUUCACUGUUGUUGACGUGAAGGGCAUUUAUCCGUCCAAGCUGGGCCGAUAGUCAAACUUUGGGCCUGCUCAUCGUGCUUAUUUGUCUCGUCAUUCAUAAGGUGUGAGCCACAUAUGCUAAAUGUCCUACGGGCGUCAUUCUGACCUUCUGCUCAGAGACUGUAGCCCAUUACUUUGUUCAUGAAUAUCAUUUGCUCACUUGUCGAGUUAUAAGUAAAGUAGUUCAAUCACCUCCAUAAGGGGUCGUGUCUUUUGACAAAUACAACGCCAAGAAGCGCUU